GUAUCCCAAUGUAGUUAUCCUGACUACUUCAAAUAUUACGGAGAAAAUUGACCUGGCCUUUGUAGACAGGGCUGAUAUAAAACAAUACAUUGGACCUCCAUCCACUGCAGCAAUAUUUAGAAUAUAUCUUUCUUGCUUGGAAGAACUGAUGAAGUGUCAAAUAAUAUAUCCUCGACAGCAGCUCCUGACACUUAGAGAGCUAGAGAUGAUAGGCUUUGUAGAAAAUAAUGUGUCAAGGCUAAGCCUUGUACUACAAGAAAUCUCCAGAAAAAGUGAAGGUCUUAGUGGCAGAGUCCUGAGAAAACUUCCUUUCCUAGCACAUGCACUUUAUAUUCAAUCCCCCAGUGUUACAAUGACAACGUUCCUUCAGGCUCUGUCACUUGCAGUAGACAAACAAUUUGAAGAAAGAAAGAAACUUGGAGACUGUGUGUGAUACUCUACUUCUAUUAUUGUCUGUAUUGUUAACACUGUUUUUCAUGCAACCUGUACAAUUUCUAUGCAUCUGUAAAAUAGAUUGUCAACACCUUAAAAGAACUGGAAUCCUGAAUUUAGUUUCUCAAAAUGUUCACUAAUAAACAAUAAAGUAAUUAUACAG